AGUUUUAAAGGUGGGCUGUGACGUGUGAGCAUAUUGCUCAGAUGACCGACCUACUUUCUUGCUCCUUUCUGCCUACUGGUAAUUUGACUAGGGUAGGGAAGCUGACCUGAAUGCAGCAGCGCUAGCAACCAACGAAUGUUGUUGUGUUAAGCGGCCAGUUAAGGCAUUGAGCAAGAGAGAGGAGAGAUGAGGACGUCGAAGAAAUAGCGGAAUGAAGCAGCGGCCGAAACACAUAAAAAGUGGAAUGUUCCAAGAUUCAGAGCCGGAUACCAAAUUGCCUUCCAUUACCGCUAACAGGAGAUAGCCAGCUAUGUGUUAAGCAUGAAGACGCGAGUGGCAUGACAAAUUCUCCCUGGGUGAAAACGACCGUCAGGAAGAAACGAAAAAUGAAUCAGGAAAGCUGCUACGCUUUGAGCUUCCUACUGUCUGUUAUCAACCUACACACCGCCAGUGCCUUAUCGGCGGUUUCCAAUGGAAACGGCACAGAAAACGUGACUGUAGCAGAUGGUGGAUUUGUCCCCCUGGCGUUCUCAACAGUAAGCCAGAUCAUCGCUCGCGAGGGCAACUGUGCGCUGAUUGAUUGCAACGUCACCGGAGACCCUGUCCCGAAUAUACGAUGGUUUAACUCCCAUGGAGACCUGCUGGAUACUGAGACAAGUGGCAAGUGGCUGCUAACGGACGACGGCGUCCUCAACAUCACCGGCAUCCGGUUCGCCGACCGCGGCAAGUACACGUGCGUGGCGUCCAACGUGCACGGCAGCGCCAACUGCACGGUGACCAUGCGGGUGGUCCUGCACAACGGCGACCUGGGGGCCUACUACGUGGUGGUCUGCCUGGCCACCUUCACCAUCAUCAUGAUCCUCAACGUCACGCGCCUCUGCAUGAUGAGCAGCCACCUGAAGAAGACCGAGAAGGCCAUCAACGACUUCUUCCGCACCGAGGGCGCCGAGAAGCUCCAGAAGGCGUUUGAGAUCGCCAAGCGGAUUCCCAUCAUCACGUCGGCCAAGACCCUGGAGCUGGCCAAGGUGACCCAGUUCAAGACCAUGGAGUUCGCCCGCUACAUCGAGGAGCUGGCCCGCAGCAUCCCGCUGCCCCCCCUCAUCAUGAACUGCCGCACCUUCAUGGAGGAGAUCCUGGAGGUGGUGGGCGUGGAGGAGAUGAGGCACACCUUCGUCCGCCAGGCCCCGGAGGGUCAUCACUUGGACGGGGCGUCGGGAUGCCGGGCAGGCCUGGUGCAAGGGGCCCUGGUCGGGGCGGGCGCCGGCGGCGACGUCUUCACCGUCCUCCGGGAGCGGGAGCGUUCGGGAUCCCCGGCGGCGGAUUCGGAUGACGCGUCGCUGCACGAGCAGCCCCAGCACAUCGCCAUCCAGGUGUCCAUCCACCCCCCACUGCCCAUGGAGGCCCCAGCGUUGACCGAGGCCACGGCCACUCCCGCAUCUCCACCCGCUCCGCUGCACCUAAAGGAGGAGGAGCGACAGGAGCUGGGUUCCGAGCAGGAGCCGAAACCGGCGGAAGAGGUGGAGUCGGCGUCAGAGCUGGAGGCCGUGGCGGUGGAGGAGCCAAAACCGGAGGCAGAGGUUACUACUAAGUUACACCCUGGUCAGGUGAUCUACGAAAGCCAUGUGUAAACAACAAAAAAAAACAACAACAGGGAUAAAACAAAAACGCUCCCGGGUAGGGAUGAACCAUCCUGUCCUAUGCAUUCUCCACACCCUUCUCACCCUCAGACAUAGACAAAGUCAAGAAAAGGUCGUUCUGUUUUACUUUACAACCGGGCUAGUUUGAAACUGGAACCUAGCUACGUACAUAAAUCCGUCGCUGGAUUACAUUAUUAUAAUCUAGUCCAGAUUAUAAUAAAUCCACUUGACAGAACAUUUCAUUUGUGCUUAAGGAUCUUCAUGUUGAAUGUAUUGUGGGACUGGAGGCGAUUAUCAAUAGGGGAGAUGCGUAAGUAUAAAGAAUUGUACAGGGCCAUUUCAUUUGUAAGCAUUAGUAAGCAGAGAAAAAGAGCUGUUUUGUUAUUUGAUUCAACCAUUCCCUAAAUGGAUUGAGGAAUAUCCUGAUCAUAGUUUUAUUUUGUUCCAGUAUUUCGUUUUAUGAUAAAUUCAUAAAUGAGCUCUCUAAGCUGAUGUUGUGCAAUCACUGUUACUAAGCAGACUACAGAUGCUUUUGUUUCAGCUUAGAAAUACCUGGCCAUCCUCCCUCCACUGUUACAACCAACAAACAGAUCUCAGCCUGAGAUUUCAGGAUCAUGCUAUAGUUCAAAUGCAUGCUGGACUCUUCAGAAAGAAAACAGAAAAUAAUUUGAAAGUGUGGUAUAUAAAUUUUUCUCAGUUUCAACUCUCUAAGUCGGUUGUAUAGACUGAUGUACUGUAUAUCUCAGUGUCAGUGAGCUAUAUAGAGUGAUAUAAUGUAACCUCUGUAACGAUUGAACUACUUCACCAAGGGUAACAUUUCAGUGGAAGAUGGAAGACCUAGUUGUUUCAGGCCUUCUGGUCUGCGAUACAUUUCAUUAAUUAUUGCGUAACCACUAUAGCCCUUUUAUAGGUGGUUAAUUGAUAGAUUUAUAAACAUUUAUUAUAUUAUUAUUAUUAUGUUGACCCGCUGUGGGGUUUUGAUCAUGCACAACAUCCUAGAUGUUAGAUGUUUUACCAUCUUGCCUUCUUUAUAUGGUCCACAUUGUUUCUUGGUGUGCACUCUUCAUUUUCCACCUGUUUCUUUUUAAUGUUAAGUAAGGGCUCUAAUUCAAUUAAACCCACAAUGCAGUAUUUACACACCAGCUCUUUUCCUAAUGGUCAAGUGAACUUAGACUGGUCAUGGAAUAACCUACCACCCUUCACGGGGCGCUUGUCGUUUCCAGAAUUAGAAGUGUGUGUGUGUGGCCCUUGGAGAAACAUGGGUCAUGCAGAAACUGUGCAAACAUUGCUACGGUGGGUUUGAUUGGAUCCCAGCCUAAGUUUCUGAUCUCGUUUUAAUUGGAUCUCGAUUGUCUGACUUCGGCCUUCCUCCCUUCUGUGCAUAGUUCAGCAAGAGGCUACAGUGCUCCGUUCUGCUGCAUGUGAAAUGCUUGUUAGUCCAGGUAGAGGAGGGAAGGGGUCGGGGUUGGAUGUUGCUCUGCUUUAAACGAUGCUCAUGAGAUGGCUCUUCUUUUUCUGGUUUUGUAGUGAAAAUAAAAUGUCUGCUGUGUCAU